AUGAACACGCCGCCGAGUUCAACACCGCCGCCGCCAGGUCCUGGAAAUCGCCCAGCUUCUUCAGGAGGAAAUGGAUCUCAAGGAUCUCAGGCAGCACAAGGAGCUCAAGCAGCAGAAGGCACUGGUCCCCAUGCUUUCCAGUUCGGAUCGUUUGAUGAGCAGCAGCAACAACAACUCUUUGCUGGAGCUAGAAAUGAUGUCAUAACCUUCGGUAAUCCCUACUACCUGAAUCCCAAUGAAGCACUGAAUCAAUCCAUAGGGUCAGAGGUCUUCGAUGGUAGUAAUUACACCAUGUGGAGUCGUUCAAUGAUUAUGGGUCUAAAGAUGAAACAUAAACUGGGUUUCAUAGAUGGUUCCAUUCCUAUGCCUCCUAGAACAAGUUCAAAUUUCAUACUGUGGGAUGGUUGCAACACUGCUGUACUGUCUUGGAUUCUUAACUCCUUGAACAAAGAUCUAAGGAGAUCUGUAAUGAGUCAUGUGAAUGCUAGGGUUUUAUGGGAGGAAUUGAAGAGAAGGUAUGCAAAACCAAAUGCAAUUAGGAUUAUUAACCUGGAGGAUGAUAUUCACAAAUGCAAGCAGGGAGCUCAGACCAUAAAUCAAUAUUACACUGAGAUUAAAGGAUUAUGGGAAGAGUACUCACAGUUCAGUCCCAUAGUGCCUUGCAAUUGUGCUCCAGGAAACCCAAAUCCAUGUGAUGCAGUGGUUGCUUACACUGAGAGGCAGGAAGCAGACUAUUUGAUCCGAUUUCUGAGGGGUUUAAACCCUGAUUUUGAGAUAAUCAAAACACAGCUGCUCUCACAAAAACCUUUGCCUACUGUCUCAGAAGCUGUUGAUGACCUAUUACUGUAUGAGCAGAAGCUGAAAGGUGAGAAAGGGAACACUGGAAAGAAAGCACAGAGUGUUGCUCUAGCAGCAGGAGGACCAACUCAGGAAUCAGGACAGAGAGGUCAAGGAAGAAAAUACUGCAUCUAUUGUAAGAGGCCUGGACAUGUUGUUGAUGAGUGUUGGAGAGCUAAGAGGAAGAAGGAAGCUGAUUCAAACAGUAGUUCUGGAGGGUCUCAAACAGGUGCACAAAGGUUUGCAGGGUCAGUUUCUCAGGCAAGUUCAGGGGAUUCUUCCACUGAGGUAGGCUAUAACAGUGAUACACCAGAUGGCAGUCCUGUUAGCCAGGCAAAAACAGUUGCUGCUUUUACUCCUGAGGAAAUGAACAGGUUAAGGUUAAUGAUGCAAGCUGGUGCUAAUCUAAGUCCCUCUCCUCCUCUUUCACCCUCCAUCACACACAAUGCCUACUCUGUGUCUCAAUAUCUGCCUCCUUUCCCAAACCACUCAGGACCUGCUAAGCAUGAGGAUGAUUGGUUUAGCAAAAGAGAAUAG